AUGGGAAAUGCACAAUCCGGACUUCCGCCGCUUGGGCCUGGUGAAGAUGGAAACAAGAAAGACGACCAAAACAAAAAUAAGAAAAAAAAAUGGGAACCACCACUUCCGACUCGUGUGGGAAAAAAGAAAAGACGUGGAGUGGAUGCAACUUCCAAAUUACCUGCAGUAUUUCCUACAACUCGGUGUCGCUUGAAGCUUCUUAAAAUGGAACGCAUAAAAGAUUAUUUAUUAUUGGAAGAGGAAUUCGUUCAAAAUCAAGAACGUUUGAAGCCACAAGAGGAAAAGGCUCAGGAAGAAAGAACUCGUGUCGAUGAUUUACGUGGUUCACCUAUGGGUGUCGGUACAUUAGAGGAAAUUAUUGAUGAUGACCAUGCAAUUGUAUCGUCAUCAACAGGUCCCGAAUAUUAUGUCAGUAUUCUUUCAUUUGUGGAUAAAGAUUUGUUGGAACCGGGAUGUUCCAUCUUGUUGCAUCAUAAGGCCAUGUCUGUUGUCGGCGUACUUCAAGAUGAUACCGAUCCGAUGGUUAGCGUAAUGAAACUUGAGAAAGCACCGACGGAAUCAUACGCUGAUAUUGGUGGUUUAGACCAACAAAUUCAGGAAAUUAAAGAAUCCGUUGAAUUACCAUUAACUCAUCCAGAAUUAUAUGAAGAAAUGGGUAUAAAACCUCCGAAAGGGGUUAUAUUAUAUGGUGUACCUGGAACAGGAAAAACAUUAUUAGCAAAAGCUGUAGCUAAUCAAACUUCCGCGACAUUCCUUCGUGUGGUCGGUUCAGAGUUAAUUCAAAAGUAUUUAGGUGAUGGCCCUAAACUAGUACGUGAACUUUUCCGCGUUGCGGAAGAGCAUGCACCGUAUGAUUCUAAUUCGGGUGGUGAAAGGGAAAUUCAAAGAACCAUGUUGGAACUACUAAAUCAAUUGGAUGGAUUUGAUUCACGAGGGGAUGUUAAGGUUAUCAUGGCAACGAAUCGCAUUGAGUCACUUGACCCGGCAUUGAUUCGUCCAGGACGUAUUGAUAGAAAGAUAGAGUUUCCAUUACCCGAUGUGAAAACAAAACGUCGAAUUUUUAAUAUUCAUACUGGUAGAAUGACACUAGCCGAGGACGUUGACUUGGAAGAAUUUGUCAUGUCGAAAGAUGACUUGUCGGGAGCUGAUAUCAAAGCUAUUUGUACAGAAGCAGGACUGCUGGCGCUCCGUGAACGACGCAUGAAAGUUGUCGCAGAAGAUUUCCGAAAAGCGCGUGAAAAAGUCUUAUAUCGUAAAUCAGAGGGUACACCUGAAGGAUUGUAUUUGUAA